AUCAUAUACGUUCUCUGGCUGUUCUUCAUUAACUAUCAGUUUAUUCCGGAAAAUAUUGUAUUUCAAUUCUAUUUUACUUUCUUUUAUUUUUAAUUUUCUGCUUGAAUUGUUGUUGUUUGCGAGCAAUAACUGUUUUAUUUCACCUAUAAUUGUGUUUGUGAAGAGCAGAGAUGAUACAUUGUUUUUAAUGAAAUACUAGUCAACGAAAAAGUAAGCCUAUAGCCAUAUGAAUUUCCCAUACAUAUCUAUCUAUUCCGUAUCCUGGGUUUCUACGGAGUCUUUACUAUAUAAUUAGGGGAGGAGUAUGGUUAACUCAUGUAAAACAAGUAUCAUCAUUGCUGACAAAAAAUACACGCCUUUUUCCACUUGUGUUUAGGUAAGUCUGCUUACUUUCUCAUCACUUCUAAUUACUAUGCUUCAUAAACGUUGCUGGUUUUUCUGACUGAUUUUGACGUCUGAUGUCUUGCCCGAAAAUCGAAUGUGAAUUGGAAUUGAACGUGAAGCAUAUAAUUGGUAUUGUGCAGUGAAUUUUCUUGAAUAGAAGUUGAAAGAAGUAUAUAAGUAUAUAAUGGAGCUCGCAGCCUCAGCACGUUGUGGUAUUAAAAUGUUGCAGCUUGUUCAACCUCCGGCCAUGCAAGCAUUAUUGCAACUGCAGUCCCAGCAAUUGCGUCACAGGCAAACGAAACACUGGAAUCCGAAAUUCAAAAAGCUACGCGCACAAAAAUUUGUAAAGUUGGACUUGCCUAAUUUUCAUGAGAAGCCUGGUGAUUUGACGCAAGAAGAAAUACGUAGCCGGUUAAAGGAACGUGGUGUGCUACCACCACGUCCUUGGCUCGAGCGCCCAUUUCAUAUUAGUUGCACCGGCGGUAUUUUUGAAGCCUACGUACCGCCAGAGGGUGAUGGCAAAAAGUCCUUCAUUUCAUCAGUAGGUGCUAAACAAAAGCUUGAAUUUCUCGAGAAGAAAUCGAAAAGCGUUAUGGCAGUACGUAAAAUACGCUCAUAUGAAGAGGAAUUCAGCACGGAUGAAUUCGCUAGUCAAGCGCAGGAUAUUUAUAUUGCAGCGCACAAUCAAAUGGCAGCGAAAAAUAAACAUCAGUUACGUGAAUUCGUAACCGAACGUUGUUAUCCAGAAAUGAUGCAUAAUGUACGAGAUAAGACCAUUCAUUGGCGUUUCUUACAAUCAUUGGAACCACCACGUCUGGUGCAUGCUCGUGUCACUGAUAUUAUUAGCAAAGAAAAUUUAUACGCACAAGUUACGGUGCGUUUUCAUACACAGCAACUGUUGGCUAUUUACGAUCGCUUUGGCCGUUUGAUGCAUGGUAGCGAAAUAUUAGCUAAGGAUGUACUGGAAUAUGUAGUCUUUGAAAAGCAUAUUUCCAAUGAAUAUGGCAAGUGGCGUUUACAUGAUAAGAUCAUACCAGAUUGGUUGCCAGCAAAGGAACCGGCACCGAUUACGUAUCGCGUAAUUGAAGAACCCGAAGAGGCAUUGGAACUUCUCGCAGACGGUGAUAAGAAAUUAGAAGCUGGUGCAGAAAAACAAAGUCAAGAGCAUUUGGAUAAUGUGGAAUCGGCCACGCCAGUGUCGGCUAAGUCGACGACGGCAAGUCCGUCCAUUUGAUUGUACUAUUUGUUGGCAGGUUUAAGAAUCAAAAUGUUGGAUUAUCGAAAAAUACAAUAAAAGAGAUUGCUGUACUAA